AUGCUAAACACCACAAGAAACUUUCUUAAACAAUCAUCUAAAAGAUCAUAUACCACUUCAUCUGCGAAAUAUGUAUUGGAACACUUAAAAGAAAGAUGUUUAAUACGAGUUGUGGGUGCCGAAGUAUCGGAAUUUUUGCAAGGCUUGAUAACAAACGACAUAAAACACCUAGAAAAUGGACCAGGGAGUAUGUAUACGAUGUUUCUCAACACAAAAGGACGGGUAACUCAUGACUCCAUCAUAUAUCGGACUGAGGAAGAUAAUUCUUAUCUUAUUGAGUGCGAUUUAGAUGGUGUGGAGGCCUUACAAAGGCAGCUAAAGUUGUACAGGGUUAGAAGGAAAAUCGAUAUUAUAGGUCUACAAAAGGAGUAUAAAAUACAUGCUUUAUUUAAUGUUAAUAAUGCCAAUGUGGGUUCAAGUUUAACUUAUAAUGUAAAUAGUGAGUUGGUUGUUCCUUGCGAUAAGUUGAAUGCUACUUUGCCAUCAACAUCCAGUAAAUUUCAUAGGGAUUUGUCAAUUUUUAGAGAUCCUAGAAUAAACCUAUUGGGAUCCAGAGUUAUAUCAAAAAUCGAUGUAGAUGUAAAAGAACAAAUAAAGGAUUUGGUCGAAGUUGACGAUUCCAGUAAAGAUUAUAGAUGGUUUAGGUAUAACUUGGGAGUCGGUGAAGGCACAAGUGAUUUACCCACAGGAAACUGUUUUCCUUUGGAAGCUAAUUGCGAUUAUUUGCAUGGCGUGAGCUUUCAUAAAGGUUGCUACAUUGGGCAAGAACUUACAGCUAGAACUUACCACACGGGCGUUAUACGUAAAAGAUUGAUGCCGCUACAUUUCACCACAGUUCCUAGUAAAAUACCUGAUGAACCAACGAUUGUACACGAAAACGACAACCUUGGGAAAUUCAGGGGUUUACACGGAAACGUCGGAUUAGCUUUGCUCAGGAUAAGUAAGGCUUUAAAUUAUGGAGAAAUUAAGGUUGGAGAUGGAGUUGCCAAAGUUUUGAGACCUUCAUGGUGGCCUGUGGAAGUUUCCAAGGAGAAAAUGAGCUUGCAAAAAUCCUGA